AUGCCGUUCAGUUUCAAGCAAUCCGAGUUUGCAGAUGAUCCUGCCUUGAAGCACUUGUGGGCCUUGAAGACAGCAAAGAGAAAAGAUCGCGCUCAGGUAGGUGAUUUCUUUGGAGGACGUGUCUCAUCCACCUUUGAUGAGAAUUCACCUGUGUUCCCGUGUUUCAGGAGCCUACUGCAGGGCGAUCACCUUGGAGUUGAAUUUGCGUUGUCUGCACAUGCUCAUUUGCUUGAGACAUCAGGUGAUCUUUGUGAAUCCAAGCGGGUCCAGGGAUAUACACCUUUUCCUAGGGGGCCUGACUAUCAAGUUCUGGUGAUAGAUGAUUUCGUCAGCAUUUCGGUCUGUGCUGAAGGCGCCCAGCCUUGUGAUUCUGGUUCAUGUAAGGAUCUUGAAAAGGCUGCCAAAGCAUAUGCUCAGGAGGAAGUUCUUGGAUCAACUGAAAAGGACAUUCUUGGUAGCAGGCACUUCAAAGCAAUUGGAGCUGAGGUCAAUGCCUCGAGGAAACUUCAAUCUGCAGGACUGACAGCCGUAGCUGCACCCAUGCAGAAGAGGAUUGCUCUUGUAGUUUUAGCACUUAGGGUAAUGUGGCUUGGUGGAGACAAGAAAGGCACUUACACUCGUCUUGACCCACCUUUCCGAGAACUUGGGAAGGCUGCCGGCUUGGAUUUUGAUGAUGCCGAGCUUGCAGAGGUUAAAGUCCAUAAUGGUAGAAAGAGUUUCGGCUCCUCUCCAAGUACCUUGAUGCCAGUGCCCUUGAAACCCGCUGCCCCGGUGGACACUCGCACGCAGAAGGCUUCACGAGAAGCUGAUUGCUGUCAAGUGAAGGGCCUUGAGUCUGUCAUUGCCAAUGACCUACUCAUGACUGGAGAGUGGAAGGUCGAGAAGGAGACUGCAGAUUCACAUCUCUACUCGACUCCAGAGUUGCAAAAGGCUCCCAUGCGAAAGGGCGCUCAUCAGCAAAAGCCCUUGGCCCAUCACUGCGACGUGGAGCUGCAUAUCAAAUCGUUCUCCAUUGCAGACAAGGUUGAUUUCAGGAAAGCUCAGCUUCUCCAUGCUUUGCCACUCUCCCGGAUCGUCAUGUCAGGUGUAAGCGUAAGGAAGUUUGUAGGGCCUGGCCUAAGCACUUCCUGUGGCGCAUUGGACUUGCUGGACUUCCUACCUACCUGCGUCUUUGUGGCUGUGGUCUGUCCUGUGGUCUUGCUGUCUUAG